AGAUAUGAAAUAAAUAUUAGGAUGUAAAAUUACUUCUCCCUGUGAACUUUGACCCUGCCAACAUGGCGUCGAAAGACAAGUACUCUGUUCUUCUGCCAACAUAUAACGAGAGGGAGAACCUUCCACUGAUCGUUUGGUUACUUGUUAAAUACUUCACUGAAAGUGGCUAUGACUUUGAAAUCAUUAUCAUUGACGACGGCAGUCCUGAUGGAACACUAGAGGCAGCAAAACAACUGGAGAAGAUUUAUGGAAAAGAUAAAAUUGUUUUAAGACCAAGGGAAAAGAAACUUGGAUUAGGCACAGCCUACAUUCAUGGAGUAAAACACGCAACAGGGAACUAUGUGAUCAUAAUGGAUGCUGAUAUGUCACACCACCCAAAAUUUAUCCCAGAAUUCAUCAAGAAACAGAAGGAGGGUGAUUUUGAUCUUGUGUCGGGUACAAGGUAUAUAGGAGAUGGAGGAGUGUUUGGAUGGGACUUCAAACGGAAACUUAUGAGUCGUACAGCAAAUUACAUUACACAAGUGCUGCUUCGACCCGGAGCUUCAGAUCUGACCGGCAGCUUCAGACUGUAUAAGAAAGACGUUCUCAUGAAGCUGGUGAAUGCAUGCGUGUCCAAAGGCUACGUGUUCCAGAUGGAGAUGAUUAUUCGGGCUAGAGAAUUUAACUUUUCUAUCGGAGAAGUGCCAAUUUCCUUUGUGGACCGUGUUUAUGGUGAAUCAAAGCUGGGAGGAAGUGAGAUCAUUGCGUUCCUGAAAGGACUGCUGUACCUUUUUGCUACCACAUAAUAUAAUACUUUUUUAUAUUUGAUUUACUCAUGAGAUCAUAAUAAAAUUAUUUAUUACACAA